GGUGUGGGGAGGCGCCCUUUUCCCCCCUCCGCUCCUCCACCCCAACGCGAGACCCCAACCAAAACCCUGGCGCUCCAAUCCCUCUCCGAAACCCUAAUCACGCGAAACAAUCGGUGAUCGACCCCUCCCCCUUCGCCCCCCCGCGCCGAUCUCGCAGGUGCGCUCUCUUCUCCCCGCGAUCCGCUUCCCCGCGGCUAGGGUUUCGACCCUCGCGUCGGAGCAACCGAUUUCGCCGAAUUGAUUUUUUUUCUUUCUUUUUGUUGAGGAGUGGAAUCUGGGGCAGGGCCAGUGCGCGUCCUCUCGAUUGGAUGUGAGUGUUGAAUCGUUCUUGAUUCUGAAUGACGCGAUACUUGUAGAACGAUGAGAUUGUGAAUUGGAACCUUGUUGUUGGUUGAUCAUCUGAUGCGAAGAUUUUGAUCGACGCCACUCUUUUUGUUGGAGUAACCACUACAGAAGAAAAUGGGUCGGAAAAUAAAACUACUUAGAUCUGUCAAAGUCUGCUGGAUUUUCUAGAACCUUACACAAAAAAACAAACAAAUUGUGUUAGUCUUGAUAAAGAAAAGAUGCAAUCUGGUUCAUUAAAACACAAAGUAAUUGAGGAGAUGUCCAAAACACAAACCAUCAAAGGAUGUAAGAACAUAGAACAGAAGAAAAUAUCUUCCUCAAAUAAUUCAAUCUUCUCCGAUCUUAAGAAGCAACCGAGGAACGGCGAGUUUCUUCACGAUACAGUAUUUGCUAACACUUGGACUUGCAAAAAUUCAGCUUGUAAAGCUGUUCUUUCUUCACAAGAUACAUUCUGUAGGAGGUGUUCAUGCUGCAUUUGCCAUCUCUUUGAUGAAAAUAAAGAUCCUAGUCUUUGGCUAGUCUGCGAAUCCGAAACUGACGACAAAGACUGCUGUGGGUUGUCUUGCCAUAUUGACUGUGCGCUUCAGCACAAGAACGUAGGGUGUGUUGAUCUCGGGGGGCAAACCAUGCAUCUUGAUGGGAGUUAUUGUUGCGCUUCCUGUGGGAAGGUUUCUGGGAUAUUGGGAUGUUGGAGGAGGCAACUAGUGGUAGCAAAAGAUGCACGCCGGGUGGAUGUUCUGUGCCAUCGCAUACACUUAAGUUACAGGCUUUUGGAUGGAACUUCUAACUUCAAAGAACUGCACCAGAUUGUCAAAGAAGCGAAAGCAAAGCUGGAGACUGAAGUCGGCCCACUUGAUGGAGUUUCAGCCCACAUGGCCCGUAGCAUUGUAAGCAGGUUGUCGGCUGCUGUUGAUGUGCAGAAGCUUUGCUCUUUAGCAGUCGAGAAGGCCAACGACUGGUUGAGGUCUUCUCAAUUAGAACCAAAACAUAAAGAUGCACUUCCUGCUGCCUGUAGAUUCAGGUUUGAAGACAUAACAUCAUCUUCUCUCGUGAUUGUUUUGAAAGAGACAUUUUCUCCACCAUCUGAUGCUAUUAAGGGUUACAAGCUCUGGUAUUGGAAGAGUCGAGAAGAACAACCCUCCGAGAAAGAGCCCAUCAUUUUUACAAGAGCGCAAAGAAGGAUACUGAUAUAUAACCUUCAGCCAUGCACAGAGUACGCUUUUCGGAUAAUUUCAUUCACAGAGAAUGCGGAUUUGGGCCACUCAGGAUCAAAAUGUUUUACUAAAAGCGUGGAGAUCAUUCACAAGCAAACGGCACAUGAUAGUGCACAAGGGUGCUCAUCUAGUGUUAGGAGAGAGGGCAAGAAGCGAAAUUCCAAGCCAUCGUCUGGCUUCAAGAUUCGAAAUGUAGGGAAAUUUUUGCGACUAGCUUGGGCCCAAGAAGAAUGUAGUUAUGAUGAGCUUUUCCAAGAGGAUGGAGAAGAAGAUUCGUGUGGUGGGAGCGGGGAAGCACUUCCAGAGACAGCUGAAGAGGAUCAAGCCACACCCGCUUCUUCCCAUAGGAUAGAUUUAAAUGCGGUCUCAAUUCCCGACCUUAAUGCCGAGGCAGAGUGCUCCCCUGAUGAGAAUGGAUGCAGCUCAGAGAAGAACGAGCUGGUGAGAUCAAAUGGCAGCGAUGACUUCGGAGAGGCCCCGGCCGUUGAAUCUCGAUCGGAGGGUGGGAAACAGCCAAAUGUCAUACAAGAGGAAACUUGCGAUGAGGACAGCACGCUGGUCGUCGGUUCGCCUCAUCGAUUUUCUAACGGGUCGGGUCAGUUGGAUGAUAACUAUGAGUACUGCGUGAAGGUCAUAAGGUGGCUAGAGUGCUUAGGGCACAUCGAGAAGGGCUUUAGGAUGAAGUUCUUGACAUGGUUUAGUUUGAGGUCCACCGAGCAGGAGCGGCGGGUUGUGAUCACAUUCAUCCGCACGCUUAUUGAAGAACCCAAUAGCUUGGCCGGACAGCUUCUUGAUUCCUUCUCAGAGAUCGUUACCUGCAAGAGGCCGCGGAAUGGCUUCUGCAGUAAGCUAUGGCAUUGACAAAAAGGGGAUUGAAGGGUGGUAUUUGCUUGCUUUUACCCUACAUUAACAUUUUUGUGAUCAAUUGGAGAUUGGUUUCUCUGAUUAUUUAUCAUAAUACAUACAGUAUUAAUUCAGAUAAAGGAUUCGGAACUGGAACUGAUUUUUCCAGCUAAUUUUCCAGCCAGCAAAGAGAAUGCAACCGCAGCUUUGUUUCUAUUAACAAUCCUGAGAAAGAUCAGGGUAAUGUUCCCUUCUCCUGGUACUUCCCACAGUAUUCCUUGGUCUAGGAAUAAUAUGUCUCAACAUUUUGUAGCUCAAGCUACUCACACCGACUGCUUCGAUAAGUUAGUGAUUUGUAGGCAGAUUCGCAUUGAUGACAAUUUUCUUCGAGGGUUUGUCGGGAAACAAGAUACAUGGCUAAAUUGGUGCUCUUUUUAUGUAUAUGUUGUUCAACAAGGUAUUCGCAUAAUAUCUUUUACUUGUUAAUGGUAAUCUUUGAAGGUAGCAAUACACUCUUCUGUUUCUGCGCUGUUUCUCUUCAUUCAUUUAUUAGUCAUGGAAAACAUUUUUGUUCCUCUCUGAGUUCUCACUUCUUAUUUAACUGUGCGCCUUAUAAAGCCCUAUUAUGUAUUUGAAACCUCUUGGAAUUUUG